AUGUACGUAGGUGUGUGUAAUAAUGUGUACAUCUCCCACCAAUGUGACACCCCCAGGUGCGAUCCCUGCUUUGAGAUGAUUCUGGAGGAGGUGACCCGCUACACCCCUCGCUACAUGGAGGAGAUGGAGUAUAUCUUUGUCCAAUCACAGGAGAAGAGGAAGAUGACAUCACCAACAAUGAGAGGUAGGCUACACCUGCAGUCACUGUUACAAGGAGGGUGUGUGUGGAUGUGGGCGGCCUUUCUUUAUCUCAUCUCUCACUGAUCAUUUCUGUCAUGCCCUGAUCUCUCACCCCCCCUCUCUCUACUUCCCCUUUCUAUCUUUCUCUCUCCCCCUUUUCUCCCCCUCUCCUUCUCUCUCCCAGUGUGAAGGCUGUGUAUAAUCAGUUUCACAGCACUCUCAUGGCCAUCAAUGAGCAGGACAAACUGCGCUGGUGGAAGAACACCCAGACCGGACAUGCCCACUGA